AUGGCCGAUUCAGGACCUCCUGCUGGCGCCCAGCUGCCCCCUCCCCCGCAGCCCAACGCCGGAGCGCCUGGUUUCGAGAACAACCAGAAUGGUCAGGGCAACGCGGCGCAUAUGCCUCCCCCGCCGCUUCACAUCCCCCCGAACACGAACCCCAUCCCGACUGCCAUUACGUCUCCCAUGUCUGCCAUCGACAAGAAUGGCGUCAUGUCUCCUGGCGGAGGAGCAUUUCCACGUCGUGCCGCGCCCGAGCCUAACAAGCGAGCGCUGUAUGUUGGUGGUCUUGAUCCCCGUGUGACGGAAGAUGUCUUGCGCCAGAUCUUUGAGACGACUGGUCACGUCCAGAAUGUGAAGAUCAUCCCGGACAAGAACGCAAAGGGUUACAACUAUGGCUUCGUCGAAUACGACGACCCAGGCGCGGCUGAACGCGCCAUGCAGACAUUGAACGGACGACGAGUCCAUCAGGCAGAAAUUCGAGUGAACUGGGCGUAUCAAUCCAACACUACGAACAAGGAGGACACCUCUGGUCACUUCCACAUCUUCGUUGGUGAUCUGUCCAACGAGGUCAACGAUGAGGUGCUGUUGCAGGCGUUCUCCGCCUUUGGUACCAUAUCAGAGGCUCGUGUCAUGUGGGACAUGAAGACAGGUCGAUCUCGCGGAUAUGGAUUCGUGGCUUUCCGGGACCGCGCUGACGCUGAGAAGGCUCUGAGCUCAAUGGAUGGGGAGUGGCUUGGGUCCCGAGCCAUUCGGUGCAACUGGGCCAACCAGAAGGGCCAACCUUCUAUGGCUCAGCAGCAGGCGAUGCAGGCUGUUGGCAUGACACCGACGACACCGUACGGCCAUCACCACUUCCCCACCCACGGAAUCCAGAGCUACGACAUGAUAGUCAACCAGACUCCGGCUUGGCAGACCACUUGCUACGUUGGGAACCUGACCCCGUACACGACCCAGAACGACCUCGUGCCUCUUUUCCAGAACUUUGGCUUUGUCGUGGAGUCUCGGUUCCAGGCUGACCGCGGAUUUGCCUUCAUCAAGAUGGACUCGCAUGAGAAUGCAGCCAUGUCCAUCUGCCAACUGAACGGGUACAAUGUUAAUGGCAGGCCCCUCAAGUGCAGUUGGGGCAAGGACAAAACCCCCAGCAAUCCCCAGUCGGCUGGUUUCGAUCCGGCUCAGCAGGCAUUCAGCCCUCAGACUGCUCAGCCGCCGUCUGCGUACCCAGGCACGCCGUCUACUUUCUUUCCCCAGUAUGGAGGUCAGUACGGAGGCCAGCAACCGGGCUAUGGCGCACCCCCGGCACAGUCGCCCGCGGCAUACGCAGCUCAGCCAAUGGGAUAUCCCGGGCCGCCCAGCGCUGGUGGUUAUGUGCGUGGUCAAGGGCCGCCUUCUAACCAGCAGCAAUGGACGCAGCCCCCUCCCAACCAGAAUUUCAACAGCGCAUACCCAAGCUACCAAGGCUAG